AAUUAUUAUUUAUUUAUUUAUUUGGCAUUUUCAGACUUCCAUAUAAGCCUGGAAACAAUCUCUGGUUCCAGCUCCUAGAAAUAAUAUGAACAAUAAUAAGAUUUAUUACUUCAAUUAUAUUUGUGUUUUAAAGGUUUUAACCUUAAAAUUAAAUAAAAAUCUUUGUCAUUUUGUCAGAAUCUUUACUUAGGAUGAUUAUUGAUUAUUAACAAGGAUUUAUUUGGCUUCACAGCGAGUUCACGUGACCAGGGAGCCCUUUUGACCCGUUCUCUCGCGAGACGUGACGCGGCUCUUCGCGAGAUCACGUCUGCAGCAGCAAAUCGGCUCCUGAAGACAAUCUACUCGUUUCUGCGGUAAGAGGCUGAUUAAGCCGGCGCGUGCGCGACAAGCGCCGGCCGAGCGCGUGUGCGGGACUCGGGGCGCGUGCUCGCGCGCCUGGGUUUGCGCGGUGUCGCUCAUGGGGACGUGUGUGUGUGUGAGUGUGUGUGUGUGUGAGUGUGUGUGGAGGAGAGCGGGAUGGAUGGAUGGAGGCUGCAGCCUGACGGGCGCGACGCGGCGUGCACGCGCGCCGGCUGCGCUUGACGACCACCUUCGAUCUUCAUCCUGCUCCUCUUCCUCUGCGCGUGUGCGCUGGCAUCCUGCGGGUGACCUUCAGUCAGGAGGUCACAUGUCCAGCUGGUCAGGGGUUUUGGAGGUGGGCGGGGCCACCUGCCCUGGAGGUGCGCUCAGGUUCUGCGUGUGCACGUCUCAGUUCAGACACCCAGCAGGACACGCGAGGUGUGUGUUCACAAACACAGAGGAAAGAGGGACAACAGAGGCCUCAGGAAGCUGCCCGUUACCAGGGUUACGGAUGCUGGAAACAGUCCAGAGGCGAUGCAAAGAAAUCUGAGGCCCAACAUGAGUUAACCUGUUGGCCUUUCAAAAUAAAACUCAAGCUUUCUCAAGUUUUAGAGAACAAAUCAUUCUGAUGGAGGGUUCUGCAGGAGAGUCGGGUUUUUUAAAGAACCGUCUGGUACCGGAGCUUUUCCCCAGUGUCCCCAGUGUUCCCAGUGUUCCCAGUCUGGGUGGGACUCCCUCAGGCUGCAGCUCACUUCUGUCCACCAUGUCUGACUUCUAAACUGGUUAAAAGAAACAUUUAAUAUAACAGAAAAUACUAAUGCUGGUUAAAUUUAAUUACAGUUUGAAUUUAGUUUAAAAUAAAACAAUAAUCCAGACUAGAAGAUAUUAACUUGAAACUUUAUGAUAUUUAUUUAUUUAUUGAUUAUAACAAUAAAAAAUAUGACAUUUCUGCAGAUUUUUCUCAUGUGACUUCAUGUUACUGGAGUCACAGACAGAAAGUUGAUUAUUGCUGUUAAAAAUCAACUUUUUCAGGUCAACUGUUACACAGAAAAAGUGUUUUUUAAAAAUAAUUAGCAACCAAUAACUGUAUGUAAUGUUUUGAUUUAUUGACAUUUAUUGAUGUUUUCAUGAAACCAGCAGUGGACGAUCAGGUGACGUUACCAGUUUUUGGGGGUUUCAAACAUCAAUAAUCGGGAUUUAUUGUCAAAAUAAAAACAAUUUUUUUUAACCCUCAUUAGAAAUUUUUUAUGACUUUAAUCCAGAUUUCCAACACAGAACAAUGUGUGAAUUUAAACAUCUUAAUAAAUAAAUUAUGAUUAAAGAGAAAAUAUACAGAAAUUCUUCUGAUCACUUAAAUUUUUUUUGUGCCUUUUUUAGUUUUAAGAUUUUGACUGAAAUUUCAUGAAAUAUUCAAUACAAAAAAAUUAAAUCUUUCCAUAACUGAUGUCAUCAAAGUGUCUUCAGAGAAUCAUUAUGGAUGGUGAUGCUGUGGAUCUCCAGCAGCAGUCAGUGUCACAACGUGUCUGAGGAGGCCUCUGUUGCUGUAUGACGGUCACAUGACCAUGAUGACAUGCUAACAGGUAGCAGAGAUGAUAUUCAAGGCUAGCUCUGCUAAUCCAGCCCCUUUGCUUUUGCUGCUCUUCCAACCUGCCUGGCCGUUUGGUUGGAGAGAAGCUGGAGUAGGGGAGACCAGCCGCUGGGAUUUGGGGUCAAAGUUCAGGUAAUAUUUGAACUUUUGAGACACAAAUCAGUCAUAAAAACGGUACCUCGUUACCAUGGUUACGCAUCAUCACAGCUGUCAGAAAGUGAAACAGUGAGAGCUGAAAGUAUGAGGUUCUGUUUGGGUCGUGUAGGUCAGGUUCUGACCCGACUUUAGGCUGGUUCUGACCCGGUCUGAACCCAAGAUUCUGACCCGGUCUGAAGCCAGGGUUCUGACCCGACUUUAGCCUGGUUCUGACCCGGUUCUGACCUGGUCUGAACCCAAGAUUCCGACCCGGUCUGAAGCCAGGGUUCUGACCCGGCUCUAGCCUGGUUCUGACCCGGUUCUGCGUUCCAGGCGGGCCAUGGAGGUGUCGUCCCACAGCCUCUUCCUGCUGCAGCAGCUCAACGUGCAGAGAGAGUUCGGCUUCCUGUGCGAUUGCACCGUUGCCAUCGGUAACGUCUACUUCAAGGCCCACCGGGCCGUUCUGGCCGCCUUCUCCAACUACUUCAAGAUGAUCUUCAUCCACCAGUCCAGUGAAUGUAUAAAGAUCCAGCCCACCGACAUCCAGCCGGACGUCUUCAGCUACCUGCUGCACAUCAUGUACACCGGGAUGUGUCCCAAGCAGCCGGUGGACCAGAGCCGGCUGCAGGACGGCAUCAAGUUCCUGCACGCCUACCAGCUGUGCCGCAAGCCGGGCGACGCCGCCGCCGAUGCCGCCGCCGACGGCGUCCGCAUGUCCAACCUGUACGGCAUCCAGAUCUCCUCCCAGCUGGCCAGCAAAGACACGCCGGGCGUCCACAAGGCCGCCGCGGCGUCCCGGGCGGCCCCCGAGCCGCGGUCCCAGCUGUCCCUUGCCGUGGGACUGGACGCCGUCCCACAGGACCACCAGCAGGCGGCGCUGCGCAACAUCUGCUCCGUGACGUCGGCGGACGACUCGGACGUCUCCAGCCGCAUCAAGCAGGAGCGGGUGGAGGAGGAGGACGGCGAGGCGGAGGAUGGAGGCCCGCAGGGCGGCAGCCCGCUGUUCAAAGGGCGCCCCCUGCUGCUGCAGUGCCCGCGCUGCGGGGAGCGCUGCUCCUCGCCGGAGGACCUGCGGGAGCACCUGUUCAGCCACGCCCUGGACCCCGCACGCCUCAUGGACGGGCUCCCGCCGCUGCCGGGCGCCGACGAGCCGCUGCCGGGCGCCGCCGAGCCGCUGGACGCCGGCUGCCUGGAGGAGGCUCUGCGGCAGAGUCAGGUGCUUGCCAACCAGCUGGCGGCGGAGCUGAGGCGGAGCCGCGGCGACGGCGACGGCGGCACAAGCCCCGCCCCCACCGUGCUCCAUUCCCGCAAGCGGAAGAUCGCCUGCGCCGUCUGCAGCCUGCGCUUCUCCCACAAGAGCCAGCUGCAGGAACACAUGUACAGCCACACCGGCAAGCCGGGCCGCUUCCACCGCUACAACCGCCUCUGCAGCCAGCUCUUCCAGGGCUCCGCCCACUUCUGCGACGCCGCCGCCGUCGGCGGCGAGCCGGGCGAUGGGGGCGGGGCCUCGGCCGCGCUCUGCGAGGACGCCAACCGGGACACGCAGGACAACGGCAGCUCCUGCUACUCACUGGACUCCGAGGUGUCCCAGGAGAGCGUGGACGGCGUUCCCGUCGAGUGAUGAUGAUGUCAUCGUUGGGGACUGUGUACCUGUGCAGGUGUGUGUGUGUGUGUGAGUAAGCCAGUCAUUCUCUCAGUUUCUCUCUGGUUUGUGUUGAACUUUGAGGAAUGCUCUAGCUGAUGAUGCUGAUGAUGAUGAUGAUUACGUCAUCCUCAUCUCGGUAGAACGUCCGGUUGUGAGGAAGAGGAUGCUGGGCCGCAGCUCUUCAUCAGCAGACAGCCGUGCCUUGAUGACCGACGGCCGCCUGGCAGCUCCAAGCUACGUGACAAUCUGCAGCUUUUUGACCAACCAGCUCCUGGAUCUGGAGCGGAGUCCUGGUGGAAAGAAAGUACACCCCGCACACUGACACACUGACUUCAUCUUGUUGUUUACGCUGCAAUGCAUUCUGGGUAGAUGACAUAUGCUGCGCUAGCUGCUAUGAAGCUAGCUCCAACCAGACAGAACAGAAACACGGAAUAAUGUUCAAACUCUUCAAUUUGAACUUUAGCUUUAGCUAAUGGUAUUAGCUCUAGUUACUGAUGUUAACUGUGGCUAAUAUUGCUAUCUCUAGCUAAUGGUGUUAAAUCUAGCUAGCAACAUUAGCCAAAACCAUUAGUUAUAGCUAAUGGUUUUGGCUCUAGGUAAAAACAAGAGUCAAAACCUAAACUAUGACUAUUAGCUGUAGCUAAGCUAUCUUCCUUAGCUUCUUAUGUUUUGUUUAUAGGCUAACAUUCCCUGUAACCGACACAAACAACAUAAGAAAAUUAGAACAUAUUUAGUCCAACUAGUCAUGGAUCCAUUUAAGCAUUUUUCUCGUUUUCUGGUGGUUUCAGCAUCUCAGAAUGGAUCCAAAUCAGCCCCAGAUUUUCACAACCUGAGGCUGUGUUGCUGCUCUUUAACCUGAGAAGGGUUCAAAGGUCAAACUGUCUGAAGUUCAAAGGUCAAACUGUCUGAGGUCCAUCAUCCUCCAGAGAGGAAAACAUGUCAGAGAUCUUCCUGUUAGUGAACGUUCUAUCAAAUUCAGCCUGAAAUCAGAGAAAUGGUCUGUUAAAGGCCUCAUUCACAAGAAAAGGUUUAAGGUCAUGACCCUGAGCCAGGUUGGAACACAGCUGGCCUUUUUCCUGACUGUAAACACAGUGGUGGAGGGGUCAUGAUGCGGGCUUGUUUUGCAUAAACUUCUCUGUAUCCUGAAGGUUCUUGAUGAAGUUUGGCCCAAACCGAGUCGUCAACGGAAACAAGAAUGAAGGUGUUUCAGUGGCCUAGUCAAAGUCCAGAGAGCUGAUUGGAUUGGACAGAAUUCAAGGCAUAGAUUUUAUGGGGUGUACUUACUUUUCACCAGAGUUAGAUCAGUCAGAUGUUUACAGGCUCAUGACGAUGUUUUAUUUUCUGGUAUUUUUGAAAGUUUGCAGCCUGGGAUCAGUUUCUGUUUCAGAGAUCUGAUUGGAGGAGAGCAGAGUCAGAAUCGAUCAGGUGUGUUAAUUCAUAAUCAAUAAUCCCGUUCAGAUUAGCUGUAAUAUCAGAAAAACAUCCAAAAUGCUCCUUAAAGCUCUUUGCUGCUGCUGGGGUCAGAGGUCACAUGACCAGGAUGCUCCAGUCAUGGCCACUGAACGCGUGACUGUCGUCUUUCUCUCCGUGUGUCACCAUAACAACAAGAAGUUCAGUGUCGACGUGUUUUUGUACACGUUUUGUUUUUCAUCGAUGGAAAUGUUUUGUAAAUAAAUGUCCUUUUUCCACCAA